GGGACAAGCCCAAUGAGGGGGGUGGGGUGGUUAAUGUUAAGGUGACACCAGCCGCGGCUGACACGUAACCUGCGCAUUGUUCUGAGCGUAGGUCUGGUUGGUGCAUUGUGCGUUGCGCAGGAGAGCCUGGCGGCGGCGCUGCUGUUGCUGCUGCUGCUGCUGCUGCCGCCACCACCGUCGUCGAGUGCGGGGAGGCCGCUGUCAUGGAAGGGAAACCUGCCGACCAGCUGCUGUGCGACAGCCUCACCCUCUGGUUGCAGACAUUUAAUAUUGCUGAAUCCUGUAGAGAAGUUCAGGACUUAACAAAUGGUGUAGCCAUGGCACACGUUCUUCAUGAAAUUGAUCCUGCCUGGUUUGACAAAGCUUGGCUAAGCCGUAUUAAAGAAGACGUUGGUGACAGCUGGAGAAUAAAGGCUAGCAAUUUGAAGAAGGUUCUUCAAGGAAUUAUGGAUUAUUAUCAUGAGUUUUUGACUCAGCAAAUUUCAGAAGAUCUUCUUCCUGAUUUAAACCAAAUCUCUGAACAUUCUAAUCCGGUAGAACUUGGCCGUUUAUUGCAGCUGAUUUUAGGCUGUGCAGUCAACUGUGAAAAGAAACAAGAACAUAUACAAGUUAUAAUGACACUAGAGGAGUCUGUUCAGCACGUUGUCAUGGCCGCUAUUCAAGAGUUAAUGAGCAAAGAGAUUGUGGGCUUUGUUGCAAGUGAUUUAUCUGGUGAUUUGGAGCAACAGCUGAAAAGAGCACUGGAAGAACUUAAUGAAGUACUAGCAGAAAAAGAAGAACUGAAACAAAGAUGUCAAGAACUAGAUCUGCAGGUGGCUGCCCUUCAAGAGGAAAAAUGCAGUUUAAUGUCUGAAAAUGAGAUAAUGAAUGACCGAUUGGAUCAAUUAGAUGGUUCAUUUGAUGAUACAAAUACAGCAGUUACAAAAAAGUAUUUUCAUGCACAGUUACAAAUAGAACAGCUACAAGAAGAAAAUUUCAGACUUGAAACUACAAAAGAUGAUUAUCGUGUUCAUUGUGAAGAGCUUGAGAAACAACUGAUUGAGCUGCAACAUCGAAAUGAUGAACUGACGUCUCUGGCAGAAGAGUCCCGGGCUCUGAAGGAUGAAAUUGAUGUUCUUAGGACUGUUGCUGAUAAAACAAAUAAGCUGGAGUCGAUGGUUGAGGUGUAUCGCAAAAAACUGGAAGACCUGAAUGACUUUCGGAGACAGGUGAAAUCACUUCAGGAAACAAACAUGAUGUAUAUGCAUAACACAGUUAGCCUAGAAGAAGAGUUAAAGAAAGCAAAUGCAGCCCGUGCACAGCUGGAAACUUACAAAAGGCAGGUCCAGGAACUUCAUAACAGACUCUCUGAAGAAUCCAAAAGAGCAGAUACACUAGCUUUUGAACUGAAAAGAUUAGAAGAGAAGCAUGAAACAUUAAUUAAAGAGAAAGAGAGAUUGAUAAUUCAGCGUGAUGCAUUGAAAGAGACCAAUGAAGAGCUCAGGUGUUCACAAAUGCAGCAGGAUCAUCUGAACCAAACAGGUGCAUCUACUAUGAAAAGUCAUGAAAAUCUUGCUGCUGAAAUUCUGCCUGUGGAAUAUAGAGAAAUGUUUAUUCGGCUUCAGCAUGAAAACAAGAUGCUUCAUUUGCAACAAGAAGGAUCGGAAAAUGAACAAAUUGCAGAGCUUCAAGAGAAGCUGGAACAAAAGAAUCGGAUGAUAAAUGAAUUAGAGACAGAAAACAGACUGAGCAAGGAACAUGUUGGGGAGCUACAGCAGCAGAUUGAAGACCUUCAGAAGUCCUUGCAGGAGCAAGAGUCCAAGACAGAAGGAGAAACGUCCAGCGAAUUGAAGCAGAAGAUAGCAGCACAUAUGGAGAAAUUAAAUGAAGUCCAUGAUGAGCUGCAGAAGAAGGAGACUCUUCUUGCAGACCUCCAACCAGAUUUAAAUCAAAAUGCACAAAAAAUAGAAGAACUAGAGGCUGCUUUGCAUAAGAAAGAUGAAGAUAUGAAAUCAAUGGAAGAGAGAUAUAAGAUGUAUUUAGAAAAAGCAAGAAUUGUCAUAAAAACUUUAGAUCCCAAAUUAAAUCCUGCAUCUGCUGAAAUAAUGUUGCUGAGAAAACAGUUGGCAGAGAAAGACAAAAGAAUUGAAACACUUGAGGGACAGUGUAAGUUGGCCAAGCUUCAGGACCAUGAAGAAAAGUUAAUUGUAUCUGCAUGGUAUAACAAGAGUUUAGCAUUUCAUAAACUAGGAAUGGAAUCCAGACUUAUAAGUGGGAAUACUGUCUACAAGGAUGGUCAUUCGUACCCACCUGCACACUCUUUCCUUGCUCAACAACGACAUCUGACCAACACCCGAAGAUAUCUCUCUGUUAAAGCACCAUCUACAUCAUCGGAUUAAAUCACAGAAAAUAUUCUACACUGAAGUGUCCUUAAUUUAUUUUAUUAUUCCUGUUUUAAAAUGUCAGACAAAGAAUGAAAAACUAUGAUGCUGGACAUCAACUGUUUUACAUGUGAGAUCUAUAUGCUGCUAAAUCUAAUUUAGUCAGAUGGUAAGAAACAAGGGACAUCUAAUGAUUCCUUUGGGAUUCUAAAUAGAUUUGGGAUAUGUUUAAAAGCACAAUUCUUAAAGGAUUUAUAUUUGUUAUCAUUCUGUAUUGUGUAUAAAGAUGUUUAAAUUGGCAUCAUAUUUAAAAUUCUACAUAAAAGUUUUCACUCCAGGAUAAUCACUGGUUUUAAUAAGAGUAUUUUUUAUUAGUGAUAUGUCAACACAGUUCUUUUUCUUUAACAUUAGUUUAUUCUUUAAAUAACAACACCCAAACUGGCAAGAUUCAAGAUUCAAAUAUUCAAGAUUCAUGGCAGGAAGUCCCCCCCCCUCCUCCACCAAAAGCAGAAUGAAAUAAUUGAUUUAAUCAAUAAAGUUGUAAUCUCCAAGGCCUUCUACACUCAGCAAAAAGUAAUUAGUUUUAUAAUAACUUAAUCAUGAUUUUGAUAUAUCAGUAUGUUUUUUUUCUUAAUUUUGGAGGUUAGUUUUUAAAACCAUGGCACAAUAUUGUUCAAGAUGCAGAGAAGGAACUUCAGACACAUGAGUGCACAUGAGGGAUGAAAUGUAUGUUUGCUUUCAGGGUGGAUUUUCCAUUUAAAAAAAAUGUACAUAUUCAAGUUAAACACAAUGGUAGAAGUCAAAAGUAUUCUGUUUGAAAAUGAACUAUAAUGCAAUACAACCCUGAACUCAUACACCUCAAAUAAAAUGAAGCCUGUAAUUUGGGAUUUUUUAGUAUGUUUUUGUUUAGCUGGGCACCAAAUUUAUAACCUGAAAUCAGAAUAAUAGUUUUACUAUUUUUGCAUUUUAAAACAGGCUUGAGCAUGGAAGUUAUAACUUCAGUAUUAAAUAGUUUUGUGUAGAUAUUAAUACCAUAAGUCUGACUACAGGUAGUCCUUGCUUAACGAUGGUAAUUGGGACCAGAAUUUCCGUUGUUAAGCAAUGCGGUCGUAAAG